GAGGCAGGGCUCAAAGGUGCUCGGAGCAGCUCAGAGGAAAGGUGCUGAAGCCUGUCUCUCCUCUCAGGGAGGAAGGUGGGUUAGAGCAACAACCCUGCUGAAGCUCCAGUGGUCUGAAAUGUGAUCCUGCCGGAGGCACCUCCCUGGGCCCCACCUCGCCCUCUCCGACCUAUAUAUGUGCCCAGCCUUGGGCGGGCGUGGGGACACAGGCUCGCUCAGUCCCCCCGGGUGGAGAGGCUGAGCACCAAGGCAUGGCCAAGAACACAAACAUGCGCUGGCGGCUCCCGCUCGUGUGCCUCCUCUGGGAGGUGGCCAUGAUCGUCCUCUUUGGAGUCUUCGUGCGCUUCGGCGCCGAAGCUGAUGCGCACUGGGAGGAGGAGAAACGAGAGAUGAACCUGACCAGUGACAUAGAGAACGAUUUCUACUUCCGAUACCCCUCUUUCCAGGACGUCCACGUGAUGAUCUUUGUGGGCUUUGGCUUCCUCAUGACAUUCCUCAAGCGCUAUGGAUUCGGAGCUGUGGGUUUCAAUUUCCUCCUUGCUGCCUUUGGGAUCCAGUGGGCUCUCCUGAUGCAAGGCUGGUUCCACUCUUUCAAGGAUGGGAAGAUCCUCAUUGGAGUGGAGAACCUGAUCAAUGCUGAUUUCUGCGUGGGCUCUGUGUGCAUUGCCUUUGGGGCCAUCCUGGGCAAAACCAGCCCCAUACAGCUCCUUGUCAUGACUUUGUUUCAAGUCACACUCUUUUCAGUGAAUGAGUACAUCCUCCUCAACCUUCUUCAUGUAAAGGAUGCAGGUGGCUCCAUGACCAUUCACACCUUCGGAGCCUACUUUGGUCUCACGGUGACUCGGGUCCUGUACAGACCCAACCUGGAGCAGAGUAAGGACAAGCAGGGCUCUGUGUACCACUCUGACCUCUUUGCCAUGAUCGGUACCCUGUACCUGUGGAUGUACUGGCCCAGUUUUAACUCAGCCAUUUCUGAUCACGGGGAUGCCCAGCACCGGUCUGCCAUUAACACGUACUGCUCGCUGGCCGCCUGUGUCCUCACCACCAUGGCCUUCUCCAGCAUGCUGCAAAAGAAGGGCAAGCUUGACAUGGUCCACAUCCAGAAUGCCACGCUGGCCGGCGGCGUGGCCGUGGGCACCAGCGCCGAGAUGAUGCUGACUCCAUACGGCUCCCUCAUUGUCGGGUCCAUCUCUGGCAUCGUGUCCACGGUGGGGUAUGUCUACUUCACGCCUUUUUUGGAGUCUAGGUUGCACAUUCAGGACACAUGUGGCAUCCACAACCUCCAUGCCAUGCCAGGCCUUAUUGGGGGCAUUGUGGGGGCCAUCACAGCAGCUGCAGCCACAGAGGAUGUGUAUGGAAAGGAAGGGUUCAUCAAGGCGUUUGACUUCACCGGCGUGUACCGGGCGCGGACACCCAGUAUCCAAGGAGGGUUCCAGGCGGCCGGCAUUGUGGUGUCCCUGCUGAUGGCAUUUGUUGGGGGGGCCAUCGUGGGUAAGCCGGAGGGGAGCACAGGGAGGGGAGGCUUGAUCCAGCCCGCAGCUGAAGCCGAGGCAUCCGUGCGCUGCUGUCCACGGCCGGACGCACCCUGGGGAGGAGGCACCGAGCGCUGUGCCAGGGCUGCGCUUGCCCUUUGGGCGGACCGGCCGCAGCCCGCACGGCCCCUGCCCACCGCCCUGCCCGGCUCCUUGCAGGGGGCGCGGUUUGAACUCGGUGCCAAGGCAGAGCCGCUGCCGGAGGCCGGUGGGCAGCUGGGAAACGCUGUGGAGAGGGGGAUCGAGAAGGGACCCUUCUCCUGCCCAGAGGGUCUCAGCCCUUCAGGGGAAUUGAGCAGAGGCCAGAAACCCUGCCUGUACCCCAUCCUCAUCAUCCUCAUUUUGGGGUUAAAAAAUAGGUGA